UACUCGAGUAAAUGAAAUCAUGAUUUUGUUUGAAUGAGGUAUCCGUUACAGUCUAUAUCUCAAUUUUUACGUCUUCAUUAUGAACCAUGUUAAUUAUUUUGUAUUUUUCAUUGUUAAAGUGUACUGGAUUUUGAGUUCGAACUAUGCAUUUGCCAAAGAUUUACCUCUGGUUUUGAGGAACUUGAAAUGCAAAUUAAAUAAUGAUUUUGAUGCAUGUUUUAUGGCAAGCGCUAAUAAAGGCAUACCUCUUAUUGCAAAGGGAGAUCCUGAGUAUGGUAUUCCCAAUAUGAUACCGUUUAAAAUUCCAUUUAUGAACUUAAUUGAUACCUCAAAUCUUCAUGUGAACUUGACAAACAUUGAGGUUCAUGGAUUAAAUAAGAUGAAAAUGGUUGGUUACAAAUCUGACAUAAAGAAAAACUCCUUCUCCCUCUCUUUGAAAGGAGAAAAUAUUACAGUGGUUGGAAAUUAUGUAGCUGAUGGUAAAAUACUAGUAAUGCCAAUAAAGGGGAAAGGAAGAUUUUCCUUUUAUUUCAAAAAUGGAAUAUACAAUGGUCACCUUUCUGCUGGCAUAAUCGAAAAAAUGGCGAGAAAUACUUCAAUCCUUCUGAAUGCAUAUUUCAGUCCAAAUUCGAAAAAAUUGUUUUUCACCUGGAUAACCUAUUUGAGGGUAACAAACUACUGGGUGAUCAGGUUAAUCUUUUCCUGAAUGAAAAUUGGGACGCUUUGGCAGCUGAUUUCGGACCUGGAGUGCAAAGAAAUGUAGCUGAAAUUAUUAAUGAAGUUUUCGGCAAUAUUGCUAGGGUUGUGCCUGUAAAACAGAAUUUUCAGGAAUAAUUUUCCGAGUAAUCAUCUUCCUGAAUUUUUUGAAUAUAUAAAUAGAAAUGAUUAAUAAUAUGAAUAUAUACGAAUAUCGUUUUUGUUGAGAAACAUUGGUUAAUAAAAACAAAUUUUAGUUA